CACUCACAACAAGUAAUUAUGUGUGGGAAAACUUCUUUGCAAUCCUUAUUUCUAUCACUGGUGUGCUACUGUUUGUAUAUCUCAUUGGAAAUGUGCAGACAUUCAUUCAGUUGACAACCACAAAAUCGGAGGAAAUAAGGCAAAAGAUUAAAAAAAAAGAGAGAGACUGGGAAACAUGGAUGGACAAAAAUCGUGUUCCUGAAGAAUUGAAGAAAGAAAUCAAGAAAAACAUACAUAAAAAAUUGGAAAAAGACAAAGAUGCCGAUCUGGAGAAUCUAUUCGAUGUUCUUCCCUGGUAUACGAAAAAAAUUCUGAAGCGUCAUCUUUGCUGGGAUAUUCUAUCACAAGGACAAUUCCUUAAGGUUAUGAAUGAAAAAGUGCUGAAAAUGAUAUGUGACUAUGCGACACCAGUGAUGUUCCCCGAAGGUAAAAACAUAUUUCAAAUGGGGCACCCAGUUGAUCGCAUGCUCUUCAUUAUAGAAGGCACUGUCUUGACCUACAGCACAACUAACGGUGCCUCCUCAUCAAUUGUCACCAAGCAACUUGGGAAAGGGCAUAUUUAUGGAGAAGAGCUUCUGAUGUGGGCAUCGCCCAACAAAUCUAGGGUUGACAAGCUUCCUACCUCCACCGAAAUUGUGAAAUGUCAUACAAAAGUAGAAGGCUUUGCUCUCUCAGCCAAGGACUUGAUAAGUGUAGCCUCCAAAUGCCGACGCUGGUGGAACUUAAACAAUGACCCUUGAUUGAUCUCC